AUGGGCCAACAGCAGGCGAGCGGAGAGUUGACAGAGGGCCGGCUUCUGGCUCACCAGACCAGACUCUUGACAGGAGAUUCUUCGCUCAUUCGAUCUUUCCUCAACACCAACAACUACUCUCAACACCGCUGCUAUUCUACUCGUAUCAACAAGACCGUCAUGUCAAUCAACGUACCCCAGUUCUCCGAGGUCGCCACGGGCACCAUCGGCUUCCCGCGUGUGGGCAAGGACCGAGAGCUUAAGAAGGCGCUCGAGUCCUACUGGGCCGGCACCACCGACCGUACCCAUUUGCUCGACGUGGCCGCCCAGGUCGAGAAGGCCAACCUCCUCGCCCAGGUCGACGCCGGCAUCGAGCGCAUCGGCGUAGGCAGCUUCAGCCUCUACGACCAGGUCCUCGACUGGACCUUCCGCCUCGGCCUCAUCCCCUCGCGCUUCGCCAACUCGGGCAAGGAGGGUCUGGACCUGUACUUCGCGCUGGCUCGCGGUAUCCCCGGCGCCAGGGCGCUGCACAUGACCAAGUGGUUCGACACCAACUACCACUACCUGGUGCCCGAGAUCGAGGAGCCCUUCCUCGCCGGCAAGUUCGCCGCCGAGGUCGACUUCUCCGACUUCCUCCAGCAGAUCGCCAAGUCCCGCGACAUCGUCGCCGCCGCCGCUGCUGGCAAGACGUCGCUGCCCAUCGUGCUCGGACCGGUGACGCUGGUCAAGCUGUGCCGCUACAUUGUCGGCGGCGCGCAGCAGGCGGCACCCGAGACCAAGGCCCAGCUGGCCGCGGCCUUCCUCAAGGACCACGUCCUGCCCCACUACGUCGAGCUGUUCAAGCAGCUUAAGGCCGCCCACGUCGACGAGGUGCUGUUCCAGGAGCCCAUUCUCGUGGUCAACCACGACGCCGAGACCCGCGCUCUCCUUACCCACGUGCUCGAGGCGCUCGCCGACGGACCCAAGGUCCACCUCGUCACCUUCUUCGACGACCUCGGCGAGGAGACCUUCAAGUGGCUCCAGGCCGCACCCAAGAACGUGGUCGGCGUCAGCCUGGACUUCACCCGCGGCGACAACGCCGGCCUCCUGGCCAAGCACGGGCUGCCCAAGCACCUCACCCUCGGCGCCGGCGUGGUUGAUGCCCGCAACGUCUGGCAGAUCAACGUUGAUGACGUCAUCAGCAAGCUCGCCGCCAUCCGCGCGUCGUUCGAGGGCAAGCUGGUGGUCCAGCCCUCGGCGUCACUCCAGCACGUGCCCUACGAUGCCACCGUGGAGACCAAGCUGCCCUCGGCCCUGCGCCAGGUCCUUGCCUUCGCCUUCCAGAAGCUCAAGGAGGUCGACUUCAUCGCUAGGCUCAUCAAGAAGGAUGGUGACAAUGCCGCUGCGCUAGAGGAGAAGAAGGCGAUCGAGGAGGCCUGGUCGGCGUUCCACUCGGCCAAGCCCUCGAGCGAGGCCAUCCGCACGCGCAUCGCCAACCUCAAGGAGGAGGACCUCAAGCGCGCCCAGGCCUUUGCCCAGCGCAAGCCCCAGCAGGUCCCUCUGCCUCUGUUCUACACCACCAGCAUCGGCUCGCUGCCGCAGACCACCACCGUGCGCGGCCUGCGCGUCAAGCUGCAGCGCGGCCGCAUCACGGCCGACGAGUACCGGUCGCAGAUCGACCAGCACAUCGCCCACUCGAUCGGGCUCCAGGAGGGCCUCGGCAUCGACGUGCCCGUCCACGGCGAGUUUGAGCGCACGGACAUGGUCGAGUACUUCGGCCAGAAGAUCGACGGCUUUGCCUUCACCAACAACGGCCGAUGCGUGCGUCCGCCCAUCAUCUGGGGCGACCUGAGCCGCAGCGGCGGUCUGGCGAUGACCGUGCGCGAGUUCGUCGUGGCCCAGUCCUACACCCACCUGCCGGUCAAGGCCAUGCUCACCGGCCCCACCACCAUUCUCAACUGGUCCUUCCCGCGGGCCGACAUCACCCGCCGCGAGCAGGCCCUCCAGAUCGCCCUGGUCCUGCGCGACGAGAUCGACGACCUGACCAAGGCCGGCGCCAAGGUGGUGCAGGUCGACGAGCCGGCCCUGCGCGAGGGCCUCCCGCUCAACGCGGCCCGUCGCGACGCCUACCUCCAGUGGGCCGUCGACUCCUUCCGCCUGGCCACCGCCGGCGCCCCCUCAUCCGUCCAGAUCGUCACCCACAUGUGCUAUGCUGAGUUUGACGACGUGAUGGCGGCGAUCGACGCGCUCGAUGCCGAUGUAAUCUCGAUCGAGAACUCGCGUAACAACGACAAGACGAUUAAGGACCUCACCGCCUACGGCUACGAGCGCGACAUCGGCCCCGGCGUGUACGACAUCCACAGCCCGGUGGUGCCCACCGUCGACGAGAUUGUCGAGAAGCUGCGCCUCUUCCUCAAGCACCUCCACCCGUCGCGCGUCGUGGUCAACCCCGACUGCGGCCUCAAGACCCGCCAGUGGAAGGAGGUCGUGCCGUCGCUGCGCAACAUGGUCACCGCCGCCAGCAUCCUGCGGGCCGAGUACGAGUCCAACCAGCAGCACCGCAAGAACGGCCUGGCCAACAAGAACGUCGACUCGCUCAACAAGGACAGCGAGGAGACCAAGGGAGGCGACGCCUAG